AGAGUAGGUGCGACACAAGUUGAACACGAUAAAUUCGUGGUUCACGUUCUCAACUCCUUUUCUCUUUCUCUCUCUCUCUCUCUCCGUUCAUGACCAUGACGACUCAACUCCUCAAGCUCAAUCUCUACCCGAAAUCCAACAUCUCCUUCAACCACGCACCAAAUCGUCAUGUUCAGUUCCUUCCCCUUCUUCCCACUAAUCACCGUCGCAACGACAUUCACCGCAACUGCCACCGCCCGGGAUUCCUCCGGUCACAUUUCCUCGUAUCUAACUCGUCACGCACCGAGAUUGCCUCGCCGGAGCCAGCUCAGCUAAAGACUACAGACUCCCCGCUCCUGCUCGACGUCUCCGGUAUGAUGUGCGGCGCCUGCGUCUCACGAGUCAAGAACAUCCUCUCCGCCGAUGACCGAGUUGACUCGGUCGUGGUCAACAUGUUAACCGAGACCGCCGCCGUCAAGCUCAGGCGGCUCGACGAGGAGAAAGAUGUGGAGGAGCCGGCGACGGUUGCGGAGAGCCUGGCCCGGAGGCUGACCGAGUGCGGUUUUCCGACGAAACGAAGGGCGUCGAGUUUGGGAGUUGCAGAGAACGUCAGGAAGUGGAAGGAGCUUGUGAAGAAGAAGGAGGAACUCGUCGCCAAAAGCCGCAGCCGUGUCGCUUUUGCUUGGGCUUUGGUGGCGCUGUGCUGUGGAUCUCACGCUUCGCACGUUCUUCAUUCUUUGGGGAUUCACAUUGGUCAUGGAUCGGUUUUGGAAAUUCUUCACAAUUCAUAUGUGAAAGGUGGUAUAGCUCUGGGGUCUCUCUUGGGACCAGGACGAGAGUUACUCUUUGAUGGCCUAAACGCAUUUAGGAAGGGAUCACCAAACAUGAACUCUCUUGUGGGAUUUGGUUCUAUAGCUGCUUUUAUCAUCAGUUCGAUAUCACUACUGAACCCCGGGUUGGCCUGGGAUGCAACAUUCUUUGAUGAGCCGGUCAUGCUUCUUGGUUUUGUGCUUCUUGGACGUUCUUUGGAGGAAAAGGCAAGGAUUCAGGCAUCUAGUGAUAUGAAUGAACUCCUUUCAUUGAUAUCUACUCAGUCAAGACUUGUGGUUACUUCAUCGGAAGGUUCACCAUCUACAGAGAGUGUGCUCGGUUCUAACACAAUUUGCGUUGAAGUCCCAACUGAUGAUAUCCGAGUAGGUGACUCAGUGUUGGUGUUGCCUGGAGAGACUAUUCCUAUAGAUGGAAAGGUCAUUUCAGGAAGAAGUGUUGUGGAUGAAUCCAUGCUUACUGGAGAAUCACUUCCUGUAUUUAAGGAGGAAGGCCUCACAGUUUCUGCAGGAACUAUAAAUUGGGAUGGACCUUUAAGGAUUGAAGCUUCUUCAUCUGGCUCCAACACAAUGAUAUCCAAGAUUGUACGCAUGGUUGAGGAUGCCCAGUCACGUGAAGCACCUGUACAGAGGCUUGCUGAUUCCAUAGCAGGGCCAUUUGUAUACAGCGUAAUGACUAUGUCAGCAGCAACAUUUGCAUUUUGGUACUAUAUUGGAUCAAACAUAUUUCCUGAUGUUUUGCUCAAUGAUAUUGCGGGCCCAGAAGGGGAUCCUUUGCUUUUGAGUUUAAAGCUUGCUGUAGAUGUUUUGGUUGUCUCUUGCCCUUGUGCACUGGGUCUUGCCACACCUACAGCGAUCUUGGUUGGCACCUCCCUUGGGGCAAGAAAAGGACUUCUUAUUAGAGGGGGAGAUGUGCUAGAACGCUUGGCCAGUAUAAAUUAUAUUGCCCUUGACAAGACCGGAACCCUCACCAAAGGAAAACCAGUUGUCUCCUCGGUGAGCUCUAUUAAUUAUGGAGAAUCAGAAAUACUUCAGAUUGCUGCUGCGGUGGAGAAAACAGCAUCUCAUCCAAUUGCAAAGGCUAUUAUCAAUAAAGCUGAGUCAUUAGAGCUGGUCCUUCCAGUUACACAAGGGCAAUUGGUAGAACCAGGCUUUGGAACAUUGGCAGAAAUAGAUGGGCGUUUAGUUGCAGUUGGAUCUUUAGAAUGGGUCCAUGAUCGCUUCCAGAUUAAAAUGAACCCCUCUGAUUUAUUGAAUCUCGAACAUACUUUGAUGAAUCAUUCAUCAGAGACAUCUUCAAACUAUUCAAAAACUGUUGUCUAUGUUGGACGUGAGGAAGAAGGCAUCAUUGGUUCUAUUACCAUAUCUGACGUUGUACGUGAAGAUGCUCAAUCUACCGUAGCAAGACUCAAGCAGAAGGGGAUUGAAAUGGUCCUGUUAUCAGGAGACAGGGAAGAGGCAGUUGCAACUGUAGCACAGACAGUUGGGAUUGGAAGCGAUUUUAUGAAAGCAUCAUUGUCCCCACAGCAGAAAUCUAAGUUUAUUUCAUCUUUGAAAGCUUCUGGACAUCAUGUUGCAAUGGUUGGUGAUGGGAUAAAUGAUGCACCCUCUUUGGCUGUAGCUGAUGUUGGGAUUGCUCUACAAAAUGAAGCUCAAGAGAACGCUGCCUCUGAUGCUGCAUCCAUUAUACUUCUUGGAAACAAAAUUUCUCAUGUUGUUGAUGCACUAGACCUCGCACAGGCAACCAUGGGAAAAGUGUACCAAAAUUUAUCUUGGGCGGUAGCCUACAACGUUGUUGCCAUUCCCAUUGCUGCUGGAGUGUUACUUCCCCAAUUUGAAUUUGCCAUGACACCUUCACUAUCAGGAGGGUUGAUGGCUUUGAGCUCCAUCUUCGUGGUUGGCAACUCGUUGCUUCUACAACUUCAUGGGUCUCAGACCUCCAAAAAGGUCGCUAAUAAAUCUAUUUCCAUCCAUUCAAACAUGGAUAUGUACAGUCUAAAAGAUGCAUAAGAGGCGGUGUGAUCUUUAUAAUGACAGUAAGUACAAAUUUGGCAUCCAUGAAAUAAUUAUAUCUCAGAAAUCCGAAUUGUAUUUGUGACCAACAAGCUCCUUUUUGUAAGUUAUGGCUAUCUAUCCAAUGUUAAAAGCUCAUGAAGCAUGGACUAGUAUCAUGACACACUAGCUGCACUUGGUGCAUUCAAAUAGGUCUUUGCUUAUAUAUUUAAUGUAUAAAAUUACCAAUUUGUAGUCAAUAUUUAUUUAUGUCUGUAUAAGAGUAGUAGCAAUAAGAGAUUAUCAAAGUUUGUAA